CUGAGGUUACUACCUCUGUUUUAUUGAUCUGGCCAACUGUUAAAUGAAGCUUACGGAUGUUUAGCGUGAACAACUGAAACCGCAUCAAUGCCGAAGCUUUUCGAAUCUCCGGUAUAAAAUCACUCUGUUGUACAAUGACAGUCUUUCAUUUGGACGAUUUUUUAGCUGGAUGGAUUGGAGGAGCAUCCAGUGUGAUUGUGGGACAUCCGCUUGACACAGUCAAGACUCGUUUACAAGCUGGCAAAGCAUACAAGAAUACUGUCCACUGUGUUGUAACAAUCUACAAAAAGGAAAAUGUUACAGGCUUUUUCAAAGGACUGUCCUUUCCAUUGGCCAGCAUCACCCUCUAUAACUCUAUGGUGUUCGGCUUCUUCAGCAACACGCAGCGUCUCAUUAGCAGAUAUCGUUAUGGUGACGGCAGACACCCAUGCAGCAUGCUUGACUUGACUGUAGCGAGCAUGCUGACUGGUCUGGUUUCAGUGGGGAUGGGCGCCCCCGUUGACCUUGUCAAAAUUAGACUGCAGAUGCAAACCCAACCUGUUCUUGCAGAGAACUUUAACCUUGCUGGGAAUGGGAGUGUCCCUCUGCGGUCGAUGGGAAUUCAGUCCCAGUCAUUGUACAGAGGGCCACUGCACUGCAUUAGUACCGUCCUGCAGAACGAGGGAAUUCAAGGGCUCUACAGAGGCGCGGGAGCCAUGAUAUUACGAGAUGUACCUGGUUACACCCUGUACUUCAUACCAUACACGUUAUUCUGUAACUGGCUGAAUCCUGAUGGCAAUGCCACGCCCCAUCCCUGCUGCAUAUGGCUAUCAGGAGGUUUAGCAGGAUCCAUCUCGUGGGUCACCGCCACACCGGCAGAUGUGGUGAAAAGCCGGUUGCAGGCGGAUGCCAUGCAGCACAGGAAAUACAAGGGCAUUCUGCACUGCAUCAUGCAAAGUUAUAAGACAGAGGGAAUACAUGUUUUCUUUCGUGGAGCGACUGUCAAUGCUAUCAGAGGAUUUCCAAUGUGUGCAACCAUGUUUCUUGGUUACGAGCUUUCCCUCCAGUUUCUCCGCAGUUUCUAACACAGACUCAUUCUGCUCCCGGAAACAAUGUUAGAGGGUUCAUGAUUUUUAUGGCAUGUAGAGACUUACAUGUGAGUUCAUUGUUGAUACAAUGAAGGGUAUCAGUGAAGCUUUUAGGUUUUUCUUAUAUUAAGAAAAUAGGUACUUAUUUUGAAAAUAUUUUACUCAGAUACAGUAUUUUAAUAUAUGAUUGUGCAUCACCUGCAUGAGAAUGAUACACUAAAUUCUAUUGUGCACAUACACAUGUAUAUGUAUUCAGCAUUUGCGAUUGGUCACAUUUAUGCAUUAUUGCCUAACAAACCAUUAGCCUGUGCUUGAAUGAGUUUUUAUUUACUUUUUAAAUAAGUUCAGUAGGCUGUCAGUGCAAUGUGCCUUUAAAAUGAUUAUCUGUUUAUGCAAUAUUUUUCAAAUAUGUGAA